AUGGCAGAUCCAGCUAUUGAGGAUUUCACCAUUGGCUGGAUAUGUGCUCUGCAAGAAGAGUACGAGGCUGCUUGUCGAAUGCUUGACGAGGAGUUCGACGGUGACGACACAGCUGAGCAAAACGACGACAAUACCUACGUUUUUGGGCGCAUCCACAAACACAAUGUCGUGAUCGGAUCCCCUCCAGGUGGCCGAUACGGCACCACCUCUGCUACCGGUGUCGCCAAGGACAUGAUCCGGUCCUUCCCCAAGCUGAGGUUUGCACUGAUGGUGGGCAUUGGAGGAGGCGCUCCGACAGGUAAAAGGGAUAUUCGGCUAGGAGACGUUGUGGUUAGCGAACCAAAGGAGAGGAUCGGAGGCGUUAUUCAGUAUGACCUGGGCAGGCGACAAUCGAAUGGCCUUUUCGAACUAACGGGGCAACUAAACGCGCCGCCAUCGGCACUUCUCAUGGCGCUUACGGAGAUGAAGCGUCGGCAUAACGACCUAAGGAAACCGGACAGAAUUGCCGAGCAUUUGACUUUGAUGGGUGAUAUGCCUGAAUAUGCACGUCCGAAGGUUGACCAGCUUUACCUCCCGGAUUACGAACAUCAGGGCGGAGAAGGAUGCGAAAGCUGCGAUUCCAGCAAGGUAAUACAACGUUCGGAUCGUCUUCCGGGCCGAGCUGUCACUGUUCACUACGGCACCAUCGCAUCUGCCAACUCUGUGAUGAAAGAUGCCAAGGACAGAGAUCGCUAUGCCCACGAUGGAGCAUUGAACGUGCUGUGCUUUGAAAUGGAAGCGGCGGGCUUGAUGAACACGUUACCCACCUUGGUAAUUCGCGGGAUAUGUGAUUAUUCGGAUUCGCACAAGAAUUCCGAAUGGCACAAUUAUGCGGCUCUGGCGGCAGCAGCAUAUGCGAGAGAGCUUUUGCAUGUUGUGAAGCCCCAUAGGGUGGCGUCUCAACCAUCGUGGGGUGACACUCUUGUGAGCCAGAUGGCAGACCUCCAGGAGAACUUGACCGAAGUUCUCCAUCAUCACCGCAGUCAAGACGAGGAAAAGCUAUUGGAGUGGUUAACCCCGAUCAACCACACCAAGCACCAGAUUGACAAAGCCCGCAAUCGGAACUCGGAAAUGCAAACCGGUCAGUGGCUUCUAGAGUCACCAGAAUUUCAAGGGUGGUUGGAAGCAAGCAACCAGACGCUCUUCUGCCCUGGGAUACCCGGUGCAGGGAAGACUGUUCUUACAUCAGUCGUAGUUGACUAUUUACUGGCCAUGCAGAGUGACUGGCUUCGCAAGAAAGGGAGAAGAAUGGGUGUUGCGUUCAUCUAUUGCGAUUUCAAGCAGCAGUACGAGCCUGAACAACUUCUCGCCAGCAUUCUUGGGCAAUUUGCUGCCAACGAUGCUUCUGCCCUCCAAAAAGUGAAAAACCUUCACGAAGAUUGCAAAUUGCGAUCGCGGAAUCCAUCAAUCUCCGAUAUAUUAGAGGCGUUGAAUUCUGUCAUUUCGACCGCAUCAACCGCAUCAACCGCAUCCACGUUCAUCAUCGUUGAUGCACUGGAUGAAUGUAAUCAGCACUGCCGAGACCGGCUUCUUUCCGGCAUCUUCAGUCUCCAACAGAAAGGCGGAGCAAACCUCUUUGCGACCUCAAGACACAUUCCAGAAAUUCACGACAGGUUCGGGGGGGCUCAAACUCUCGAAAUUCGCGCAAAAGAGGAAGACGUUCGGGCUUACGUGGUCAGCUGCAUGACCAAACUCCCCAGGUUUGUCACUAGGAGUCCAGACCUGCAAGAGGAAAUGAAAAUUGGUAUCGUCAAAGCUGUUGACGGCAUGUUCUUGCUCGCAAAACUUCAUCUCGAUUCUUUAGUUGGAGCGAGAUCCAGAAAGGCUUUUCAAAACGCCUUGAAAUGCCUUCCGACUGGCACACAUGCUUACGGUCAUGCGUACGAUCUUGCGAUGGACCGUAUCGAAGGUCAGGAUCCAAACAAACGCGAGCUUGCCAUUCAGGUUCUCUCUUGGAUUGCCUGCGCGAGGAGACAUCUGGCAACAGAAGAACUUCAACAUGCACUUGCCGUUGAGGUCGGCCUCGCAGCUCUUGAUGUAUCCAAUAUCUCUGAGAUCGAAGACGUGAUCAGCGUGUGCCAUGGGUUGGUCACUGUGGAUCGGGAACGCAACAUCAUCCGGCUGGUUCACUACACUGUCCAAGAAUACUUCGAACGAUCACAGAAACAGCGACUACCAGUGGCGCAAGACUAUAUUACCUCAAUUUGUGUUACCUAUCUUUCUUUUGAUGCUUUUGCGGGCGGAAACUGCCAAACCCGGAGCGAAUUGCGCGAACGAUGUAAGAGGAACCUCUUCUAUCCUUACGCUGCAAUGAACUGGGGAUACCACGCUCGCGAAGCAUCAGUUUUACCUCAUGAGGCUUGGCAGUUUCUGAAGUCGACGGCAAAGGUUGAAGCGUCCAGCCAAGUACUGAUGGCAUCAGCACUUGAGAGUUUUCACCCUACUUUUGGUGAUGAAAUCGAACCCACACGAAUGACGGCACUUCACUUGGCAGCAUAUUUUGGUAUUUCGAAGGCAUUUGAGACUCUGGAGGAUGGAAAAUUUCUAAACUCACAAGAUGCAUUUGGUAAGACGGACGUCAACAUCGGGAACGAACAGGACCAAACACCCCUAUGGCUCGCUGCAGACCUUGGACUCGCGCCGAUGGUCAAACUAUUUCUUGCAGCAGAUGGUCUCGAUGUGAACUCGGCCGACUGGUGGGGUUCGACGCCGCUACAUGUCGCCGCUAGGAGGGGGCAUGAGACGGUGGUGGAGUUGUUGCUCGGGAAUCAUGCGAUUGACGUGAAUGCGGAUGCCGACCGUAGAAGCACACCGCUGUUGGAAGCUGCAGAGACAGGCAACGAGGGGGUGAUCAAGCUACUGCUGGCCAAGGAGGGGGCCGACGUUAACUCGAGGAGUCAAUUCGGGGCGACGCCACUGGCAACUGCAGCAGAGAGAGGGCUCGCAGGGGCAGUCAAGCUGCUUCUCGCGGAUAAAAGAGUCGAUCCAGACUCUAGAGACAAUAGUGGACGGACACCUCUAUCGAAGGCAGCAGGAAAUGGCCAUGAACUGGUGGUUCGAUUGCUACUUGCCCAGUACGCAGUCAAUAUUGACUCAGCUGAUCAUGAUGGACGGACACCUCUCUCAUGGGCGGCCGAGAGUGGUCACCAAGCGCUGGUCAAGCUGUUACUUGAGCAGGGUAACGUGGAUGUGAACUCGAGGGACAUCAAUGGACGGACGCCGCUGGUAUGGGCGAUUGGUGUGGAAUUUCCCCUGUAUGAGCAAGGAAUGUUACAUGGACUCACAACUCAGGAGAACCGGGAGGAAUUGGUACGGCUUCUGCUCCGCACAACAGGAAUUACUACCGAAACACGUGACGAAAACGGUCGGACGGCCGUAUCAUGGGCAGCCGAGACCACAACGCGGGCUGUGGUAAGAAUCCUUGUCGAGGAGGGAGGAGCUAAUGUCCACUCCAGGGACAACUCUGGUCAGACACCGCUAUUACUAGCGGUACAACAGCGGCAUGGGGCGGGAAGGAACAUGAUCCAAUUAAAGGGCUACAGUGAGGAUGAGCAUAAGUAUGUGCGGUACCGGGAGGCAUGGGACGAGCUUAAAGGUAUCAUUGAACUCUUACUUGAGAAGGGAUCUGAUCCCAAAACUGGAGAUAAUAAGGGGUUGACGCCACUAUUCAUCAUGGAGAGGAUGGGGUGGUUUAAGAAGAGCGAAAGGUAG